CUCCUCCGGAGAGAGGCUGGAGUGAGGCUGUGCGAAGCGCCGCAUUUCAAUGAGAGCCGGCAGAGGCGCAUCCCUGCACUAGCGGCUGCAGCUGAGACGCCCGCGCUCCCCAGCUGCUGCAGCCCAGCCCCGGCCCCGCCGCCGCCCCGCAGCCCCGCAGCCCCGCAGCCCCGGCCGCGCCCAGCCCGGUGAGGACAGCACCAGGAGGCGGCCCCGAGGCGGCCACAAAGACCCCCGGCAGCGUCUCUCCGCGGACCGGUUCCACUUUAACUCCGUCAUGUCCUUCGGCAGAGACAUGGAGCUGGAGCACUUUGACGAGCGGGAUAAGGCUCAGAGAUACAGCAGAGGGUCGCGGGUGAAUGGGCUGCCCAGCCCAACGCACAGUGCCCACUGCAGCUUCUACCGAACCCGCACGCUGCAGACCCUCAGCUCUGAGAAGAAGGCCAAGAAAGUUCGUUUCUAUCGAAACGGAGAUAGAUACUUCAAAGGGAUUGUGUAUGCCAUCUCCCCAGACCGCUUCCGAUCUUUUGAGGCCCUGCUGGCUGAUUUGACCCGAACUCUCUCGGAUAACGUGAAUUUGCCCCAGGGAGUGAGAACGAUCUACACCAUCGAUGGGCUCAAGAAGAUUUCCAGCCUGGACCAACUGGUGGAAGGAGAGAGCUAUGUGUGUGGGUCAAUAGAGCCCUUUAAGAAACUGGAGUACACCAAGAACGUGAAUCCCAACUGGUCUGUGAAUGUCAAGACCACCUCGGCUUCCCGGGCAGUGUCCUCACUGGCCACUGCCAAGGGGAGCCCAUCAGAGGUGCGGGAGAAUAAGGAUUUCAUCCGGCCCAAGCUGGUCACCAUCAUCCGAAGUGGGGUGAAGCCACGGAAAGCUGUCAGGAUUCUGCUGAACAAGAAAACCGCUCAUUCUUUUGAGCAGGUUCUCACUGACAUCACCGAUGCCAUCAAGCUGGACUCGGGAGUGGUGAAACGCCUGUACACCCUGGACGGGAAACAGGUGAUGUGCCUUCAGGACUUUUUUGGUGACGAUGACAUUUUUAUUGCAUGUGGACCGGAGAAGUUCCGUUACCAGGAUGAUUUCUUGCUAGAUGAAAGUGAAUGUCGAGUGGUGAAGUCCACUUCUUACACCAAAAUAGCUUCAUCAUCCCGCAGGAGCACCACCAAGAGCCCAGGACCUUCCAGGCGCAGCAAAUCCCCUGCCUCAACCAGCUCAGUUAAUGGAACCCCUGGUAGUCAGCUGUCUACUCCACGCUCGGGCAAGUCGCCAAGCCCAUCACCCACCAGCCCGGGAAGCCUGCGGAAGCAGAGGAGCUCUCAACAUGGAGGCUCCUCUACUUCCCUGGCAUCCACCAAAGUCUGCAGCUCAAUGGACGAGAACGAUGGGCCUGGAGAAGGUGAAGUGUCGGAGGAAGGCUUCCAGAUUCCAGCCACAAUAACAGAACGAUAUAAAGUCGGAAGGACAAUAGGGGAUGGAAAUUUUGCUGUUGUCAAAGAAUGUGUAGAAAGGUCAACGGCUAGGGAGUAUGCUCUGAAAAUCAUCAAGAAAAGCAAAUGUCGAGGCAAAGAGCACAUGAUCCAGAAUGAGGUGUCUAUUUUAAGAAGAGUGAAACAUCCCAAUAUUGUUCUUCUGAUUGAAGAGAUGGAUGUGCCAACGGAACUGUAUCUUGUCAUGGAGUUAGUAAAGGGAGGAGACCUCUUUGACGCCAUUACUUCAACCAACAAAUACACGGAGCGAGAUGCCAGCGGGAUGCUGUACAACCUGGCCAGCGCCAUCAAGUACCUGCAUAGCCUGAACAUCGUGCACCGGGACAUCAAGCCAGAGAACCUCCUGGUAUACGAACACCAAGAUGGCAGCAAAUCGCUGAAGCUGGGUGACUUUGGACUGGCCACCAUUGUAGACGGCCCCCUGUACACGGUCUGUGGCACCCCAACAUACGUGGCUCCAGAAAUCAUCGCAGAAACUGGAUAUGGCCUCAAGGUGGACAUCUGGGCAGCUGGUGUAAUCACUUACAUCCUGCUGUGCGGUUUCCCUCCAUUCCGUGGAAGCGGUGAUGACCAGGAGGUGCUUUUCGAUCAGAUUUUGAUGGGGCAAGUGGACUUUCCCUCUCCGUACUGGGAUAACGUUUCUGAUUCGGCGAAGGAGCUCAUCACCAUGAUGCUGUUGGUCGAUGUCGAUCAGCGAUUUUCAGCUGUGCAGGUCUUGGAGCACCCCUGGGUUAACGAUGACGGCCUCCCCGAAAAUGAACAUCAGCUGUCAGUAGCUGGAAAGAUAAAGAAGCAUUUCAACACAGGCCCCAAGCCGAACAGCACGGCAGCUGGAGUUUCUGUCAUAGCACUGGACCACGGGUUUACCAUCAAGAGAUCAGGGUCUUUGGACUACUACCAACAACCAGGAAUGUAUUGGAUAAGACCACCGCUCUUGAUAAGGAGAGGCAGGUUUUCCGACGAAGACGCAACCAGGAUGUGAGGAGCCGGUACAAGGCCCAGCCAGCUCCGCCUGAACUCAACUCGGAAUCAGAAGACUACUCCCCGAGCUCAUCCGAGACUGUUCGCUCCCCAAACUCGCCCUUUUAAUAAGACCCUUUUACUCGAAGUCCUAGCUUAACCCUUUGAGACUCUGAGGUUGUUUUCCAAAUUUAUGUGAAAAGUUUCAUCUGAUCUAUCUAGCACUCAGUGCUUGAAAGGCAGAACAGAAAGUGUGUUUUCUGGUAUCUUUGUAGUGAUUUCUCUUUGCUGAACGAGAUGACCACAUGGUGUUUGCGAAGAUGGCAACUUGCUGCUAGUAGGGUCCUCAAAGGGUUAAGGCUAAUUUGCAACUUUUUUAAACAUAGAAGCAAUGAAUGUGUUCGUCAGUCAAACUAGGAUCUGCAGUAUUGUAAUAUCGCACGUUAACCCUCUGAGUGCAUAGGAUUUUAUGGAGAACCCCUGGGGAAUUUUUCAGGCCUUUGGAUGUAUGCACACACGCUUCUUGAUUUUGCUGCAGAUCAAGGAUGUUCUUAGAUGCUGAGAUGUCCAGACAAGAAGGACAUCUAGAACGAUAGCUUGCUUGUCGUUUUUUUUGUGGGUUUAGAAUAUAGCGGGCUUAUAACUUAGACAUAAGACCUCUCUUUCUUCUUCACAAUCCCAUUUUGAAAGGGACUUUUUUCACUAGAGGUAUGACUGUCCGCGGCCGCAAGUCCUGCAUCCCUAGUGGAGGCGAUUGGGUCUGUGGCCGACAGCCUGACCCAGGAAAGAGCUGGCGCCCCCUCCCCCACAUCGCCUCCACAUGAAGAUGGGCUGACGACGCCCCAGAAAUGCUGCUUCCACAUCAGUUGCUGCUAGUGACAGCGCAGACCCUCGGAAGUCACCAUACUUUGUCUUGUGCACAUGGUGAGUGAGGGUCUGCCUGCUCAGUAUGAGACAUCUAUAGAAAACAACAACAACAACAACAACAA